CACCGUGCGAAGGCUCGAGGCCUCGGGCAUCGGCUUAACGUAUCCGAGCGGUAGCCGUUGUCAGUUUGACACGCAGUGGCGUGCUGUGUGUUUCGGACUGUGUGUGAUGUGUCGAGUCUUUCACUCCGGUAUAACAUUUCAAAUAAUCCCGAUCAACGAAUACUCUGCGAAUCCUAUAAUAAAACACUACCACGCGCGAUAUAUAUACAUCCUAUUUGUACAAGAUUAUUCUACAACAUUCAAAGUGUGAUCAAACGCGACAUUCUAGUUUGCCGGAUAAAACACGUGAAAACUACGGGAACGGUACAGAGAAGUCGCGGGAUCGUUUCACCGUCAACCGACGGCGCUGUACUGUCAACUUUUCGCGGGAUGCACGAGAUCGUGCGUUUUUCGUUUCUCGUUCUCUAGUUUCCGGGUUGCGCACCUGGAAAGGUAACUAACCUCGUUUCGGGCUGGAAAACCGGGCUCUUUUUCGCGGACGGGUACACCUUCAUCGGGAAAUCAUGGGCGAUGCUUCGAAAGUGGAAUUCGCUCUUGGAAGCGACGUGUCGCUCGAGCAUUUCUUCAAAAGCAGCUUCGCCCGGGCGUUCGUCAGUAGCAGCCGUGACUCGAAGUCGCUGGAUUACGAGCUUCUCGACAACGCGAUCGUCGAGAGCCCGGACACCAACGGGAAUGUCGACAACAAUUUCUUCUCGCUCAUCAAUUUCGGCAAUGCUGCCACGAGGUCGGAAAAUCGGGUUUCCGGGAAGGACACCGUGAACUUGUGGAAACAGAUCGAGGCGGUUCAAUCGUCCACGGGGAUCGACGAGUUGGAGACGCUGCGCAAGCAAUGCCAGUCGCUGAUCGACGAGAACCGAAGAUUGCAGGACGCGUUGACGGUGAAUCGGACGCCCCACACGCAAAUGAUCGACAAUGUCGUUCUCCAGACGCAGAUCGAAACAUUGCAGUGGCAACUGAAACAGAUAGAGGCGAACAGACAGAUGUACCGUUCCCUAAUGGAGCAGGUAGUGCGAUUCCUGGACCGAGCCCGUAAAAGCUUGGAUAUUCUUCACGAGAAGAGUACUCUUAAGGAUACGGGCUCGACUGGACGAGUUCCUCGUAGCCGAAGCGUCCACGCGGUUCACGCAGACUGUUCGCCAAACCGUGGUGCCUCGACGCCCUCUUCGUCUUCCUCUUCGGAUUCGUCACGUUUUACCAGGGCGAAAUCGGUCACACAGAUCUCCCCAUGUACCACCGGUUACCGAGAGUUCACCUGGUCAGUGCUGCGCAGGAACGACCCAGUACAUUGCACGCCACCACGUAACAAGUCGCACGAUCUCAAUAAGACUCACGAGGGAGUAGUUUACAAGAGGCCAAAACAGCUGGAGCUAAAUCCGAACGAGGUACCACCUGAGAAACUGUCCCAGGAAGCAUUUAGGUUAAUGAGAACUGUUCAAUCACUGUUGGCCAUGAGGGAACCAGAUCUAGCAAGAAUCACGCCAGACGAUAACUGCAUAUGCGUAGAUCAGAAUAGACAUAACAAUCAUCACAACGAGGUAUCACUGUCUCUGCAAAACAAUAGCUUUGUAAAUUCGACAACAUUACAGGAAGCUAUCAGUUACACGGAUCGUCGCAAUUGUGAUCGUGAAAAGGAAUCAAGAGGUACAGAUAGUGACAAUAGAACUUGUUUCGUGAAAACGUUGUCCCACGUUGUCGAAGCUAACAGGAGCUUACAAAAUCUUCUUCCGGGUGGUAGGAGGUCCAUUGAUGCUACGUCGCUCAAUUCAGGAAGCAGUAAAACCACUGAAGAGGAAGAUGUUCUUCCGGCUAAUAACUCCUUCAAUGUUACACUGCCAGAACAUGACAGGACGUUCAUGUUUACACCGACUUCUACGCCAAAUAAAUGUACCAGAAAAAUUGAGAAGAAAGAAAGGGAAAGAUAUUCUAAGUCUAAACCAGCUGCCAGCGUAAGCAGCGUAGAGGAUGAGAGUGGAUUCUCCUCGAUGAGUUCAUUUCAAGAAAUUGGAUUACCCAGUGCUCUGCCAAUUUCUCCUAUCAGAGGUUGUCACACGGAAGUUGGUCUUCCUGAAGUACCUUUGGACAAAACAAGACAUCGUAGGUGGUCUUCCACACCAGUUGAAAUUCAAGCCCUUUUGAAGCAGCAUCGACGUAGCUUUACCACAUCACAGACUACAACUGAAUCUCUGAGCGUUUGGGUUUGAGUGAAUCCAUAUAAAUGAAUUACCGAAUGAAAGUAUCUAGUGAUAAAUUUGAUGCACCGACAUUCUACAAAUUAAGUGGCUGAAUGUCGAAUGCAAUUAAAAAUCGGUAGAAUAUAACUUUAUGUAAAUAUUUAAGAUACUGCCUAUUCACUCUGCAUUUUGUUCGCUUUUCGCCAAGAGUACUUAGUUGCAAGAGAUAAUGCAUGUAACUUGUGCUUUAAGUCUGGAGGUCUUCUGUUGUUUAUAUUCUGAAACAAACUUUGUAAGCAGGCUGAUAAACAUAAUGUAGAAUAUAAAUUUGUUCAAAGCUUUGUUAGGUAGUCAAUGAGUAUGUGAGUGUAGCAAAUAUCUUACAUAUAGGAUAGAGAAAGAAGUACAUAAUUAAUGUUAAUUAGGUGCAAAAUAUUUUGUAAAGUUUGUAUCAAAUAUUUGCAUUCUACAAACAAUUGAUGACGAUUAAAAACCAAAAAUAGUAUUCAACUAUACUGUAAGAUCUUAAGCAUGUGACAAAAUAAUUCGUACUGUACGUAAUGAAAUUGUCUUUCUAAGUUAAUAUUUGACAUUUAAGAAGAAUUUCAAAUGAAACAAAUACUCCUCCCCUUAUUUUAUUUAAGCAUACAUCAAACUAAAACACUCUGUGCAUCUGUACUUAAAAUGUUCAUUCAUAAUAACAAUCUCACGACAAACUGUAAAUCACUUUGUAAGUUUUGUACAUAAAAGAGUGAUGCGCAACAAAUCCAGCAUUCUACAUCUGACAAACUGUGUACGAGAAGUUACAAAUUUCUCAGCAUCGUUGGAGCUAUUCAAUUCUCAACGAAUCACAAGAUUCAUAAACUUAAACGAAUAUUGUUUCUUAACACACUAACUUUAUGCGUAGAAACGCAUGAAAUCGUGAUGACGGAUUAUCUCGAAUAAUUCAACGACAAACCAUUCAAAUUCAAAUAAAG